AUGGCGUGUGUCCAGCAGCAGUCAGGGCGAAAGUCGACCAACAAACGCAAGAUCAUCGAAACCUUCGAGUUCGACGUCGAAAAAGAGACCACAUCAACAUCCGCAAUUGCCCCGGCUUUCAAGCGACGAGCAAUCUCGAAAUCUAUCAGCGUCAAGAGAGCCUCGACACCCACCACCCAAAAGGCCCUUAUCGUGGUUCGGAAAGGCGAAUAUGAGCUUAUUGACCAUCACGCCUUCCCGACAUUAAGGAGCGAGGAAGAAGUCGUAAUUCGGAAUCUUGCCACUGGCCUCAACCCCAUCGACUGGAAAACCGUCGAUUACAACUUCUGUCUACCAGCUUUUCCUUGGGUUACGGGCCGAGAGAUGGCAGGAGUCGUGGAGAAGGUCGGCUCACAAGUGACUACAUGCAAACCCGGCGAUCGAGUCUGGACGAGUACAUAUUACCGAGACUCACGAGCCGGAUGUUUUCAGGAAUUUGUUACCGUUCCUCAAUAUACGGUCCUGCCGAUACCGUCAAACAUGGGCUACGAGUCAGCCGCGUGCCUGGGUGUCGCUGCUUUGACUUCUGCAAUGACCUUGUGGAAAUGGCUGUGUGUGCCCGAACCAUCGACCACACCACCCCGACCGUGUCUUUCUGGAGCAGAUGGCUAUCUUCUCGUUUGGGGAGGCUCAUCAGUGACUGGUCAAUACACGAUCCAACUCGCCAAAGCAUCCCACUUUUCUGUCAUCGCCGUCUGUUCCGAGAAAACCAAAGAUCUCAUCUACUCACUUGGUGCCAAUCAUGUCAUCACCCGGGAUAACAGGAGCAAUCAAGAUAUCCUCGACUGCAUCCGAUCUAUCUGCGGCGACAGGACAACACGUGCAGUUGACCUAGUCGGUACGGACACGGCGCCUUUUUGUAUGGCUGCGUUAUCCAAGACAACACCUUCUCAUUUCGUGCCAUUGGCGAUGAUGAAAGCAGGUGAGGCUGUGCCACCAAACGUAACCGUGCACAACGUGGAGAUGAAACGGUUUGUCUUGGACAAAGAAAGCAGGAGUUACGCUGAAAGUCUCAACAAACUAUUGGAAGCCGGAAAAUUGAAAGAACCUAGAUUGGAGGUCUUGCAUGGUGGAUUGGGCCGAGUGAGAGAAGGGCUGGAAAUGGUGAAGAAGGGUGAUUUGAUGGGGAAGAAGUUUGUCGUGAGCAUGGCAGCCCAGAGCAUGAAGUCGGGAGAAGAAGCGUAUGCAUGA